AUGAUGUCCAGGCGAUCAUCGCGUAUAUUGCUAUGUGAACAAGAUCAAGGAGUGUUAAGUGUAGAUAUGGCACAACAGAUGAAACACAUGAAGACAUCACUUGAGACCGCAGAUGACGGCAAUGAAGACAACAUUCAACAGCCACAAAUGUAUGCCAAAGACUCUUUGGAUCGUUUCGGUGAUGAUAUGUUUGCAAUCAUCUUAUCUUAUCUUACAAUUGAAGACAGUUUUGCCUACGAAUGUGUGUCCAAACAGUUCCAGAGGACAGUCUUUGAAGGUGUUGUAAACAUCACUCUUAGCGACCGAUUUAUUAGUAAAAUAACAAAAGGAAUGAUAAUUCAAACCCAAUUGUUGGCUACAAUCACUACAAAGCUUUCAAACAUUCAGACCAUAGACUCAAGAGGAAUAAUCAAUGCAUACGAAGAACACAUUCCCGAACUGUUAAACACAUUUCGGAAUAAUUGUCGGCAUUUAAGGGAAAUAUACAGCGAUUCGCCGCAAGUAAUCCAAUGGAUCCGACCUCUAUUACAAAUCCAGUGA